CUCCUUCCUCCUCCUCCUCCUCUUCCUCCUCAGGCACCAUGUCGAACUCGAGCAGGAAGGACUUUGACGUGAAGCACAUCCUUCGCCUCCGCUGGAAACUCUUCAGCCACCCGGCGGCCUCCUCGGCGGGCGGCUGCCUGCAGCCGGACAGCAGCUUCGAGCACUGGGGGCCCAGCCAGAGCCGCCUCCUCAAGAGCCAGGACAGGGACAGGGACCGAGGCGGAAGCGGAGGCAGCGCCUUCUGGAAGAAAGCCUCCUCUUCUUCCUCUUCAUCGUCGUCGUCCUCCUCCUCCUGCGCUGCCUCCUCGGCGCCCCUCAACGGGGCCACCCGGCUCCUCGGGGCCCCCGGCUCUUCUCUGCUGCCGCCCCCGCGGACCCUCUUCUACGUGGAGAGCCUGGAGGAGGCGCCCGAGAAGGCGCUGGUCCUCCGGCAGCUCAAGGAAGAGCCCGCAGCGCCCUGCCCCGAAGGAGGAGGAGGAGGAGGAGGGAAGGCGGUGAGCACAAACCUACCUUUGCCAUCUCAAUAUGAUAUGGACCCUAAUAGUUCUGAGGAGUUUUAUCAGGCUGUACACCAUGCUGAACAAACCUUCAGGAAAAUGGAAAGCUACCUGAAGCAACAGCAACUCUGUGAUGUUAUUCUGAUUGCUGGAAGCCGUAAAAUACCUGCACAUAGACUCGUUCUAAGUUCCGUUUCUGAUUACUUUGCUGCAAUGUUUACAAGUGAUGUUUGUGAAGCAAAGCAAGAAGAAAUCAAAAUGGAAGGCAUUGAUCCAAGUGCACUCUGGGAACUUGUUCAGUUUGCAUAUACAGGUUGCCUGGAACUAAAGGAAGAUACCAUAGAAAACCUCCUCGCAGCUGCAUGCCUUCUCCAGCUCCCUCAAGUAGUUGAAGUCUGUUGCCAUUUCCUCAUGAAGCUUUUACAUCCAUCUAACUGUCUGGGAAUCCGGGCAUUUGCAGAUGCCCAAGGAUGCACAGAGCUUAUGGAAGUGGCUCACAACUAUACCAUGGAAAACAUCAUAGAGGUUAUUCGAAAUCAGGAAUUUUUACUGCUGCCUGCAGAAGAACUCCAUAAACUUCUUGCCAGUGAUGAUGUGAAUGUUCCUGAUGAGGAAACCAUUUUCCAUGCCUUAAUGAAGUGGGUGAAGUAUGACAUGCAGAGGAGGAGUAAUGACUUGAGUAUGUUACUUGCCUACAUCCGGUUGCCGCUUCUUCCACCACAGAUUUUAGCUGACCUAGAAAACCAUGCACUUUUUAAAGAUGACUUGGAAUGUCAGAAGCUGAUUCUGGAAGCCAUGAAAUAUCAUCUUUUGCCAGAAAGACGAACUCUUAUGCAAAGCCCAAGAACUAAGCCAAGAAAAUCCACAGUUGGAACCUUGUAUGCAGUUGGAGGAAUGGACAACAACAAAGGUGCUACCACCCUAGAGAAGUAUGAUCUCAGGACAAAUAUAUGGAUCCAAGCUGGAGUGAUGAAUGGCAGAAGACUUCAGUUUGGUGUGGCUGUCAUUGAUGACAAGCUCUUUGUUAUCGGAGGCCGGGAUGGUUUAAAGACAUUAAACACUGUUGAAUGUUACAAUCCAAAGACAAAGGCAUGGACUAUUUUGCCUCCAAUGUCAACUCAUAGGCAUGGCUUAGGUGUUACCGUUCUUGAAGGACCAAUUUAUGCUGUGGGAGGCCAUGAUGGCUGGAGCUAUUUGAAUACGGUUGAGAGGUGGGACCCCCAAAGUCAACAGUGGACAUUUGUAGCCAGUAUGUCUAUUGCUAGAAGCACAGUCGGUGUGGCAGCAUUAAAUGGCAAGUUAUACUCUGUUGGCGGUCGAGAUGGCAGUUCUUGUUUGAGUUCAAUGGAGUAUUAUGAUCCCCACACAAACAAAUGGAACAUGUGUGCUCCAAUGUGUAAGAGAAGAGGAGGAGUUGGCGUGGCUACCUGUGAUGGUUUCCUCUAUGCAGUUGGAGGGCACGAUGCCCCUGCUUCUAAUCAUUGCUCCAGGUUGCUGGAUUAUGUUGAAAGGUAUGACCCCAAAACUGAUACUUGGACAAUGGUAGCACCAUUGAGUAUGCCUCGUGAUGCUGUUGGUGUUUGCAUCCUUGGUGAUAAAUUGUAUGCAGUAGGGGGUUAUGAUGGUCAGACGUACUUGAACACCAUGGAGUCAUAUGACCCUCAAACUAAUGAAUGGACACAGAUGGCAUCUCUAAAUAUUGGAAGAGCCGGCGCCUGUGUUGUGGUGAUCAAGCAACCUUGAUUUUGUCUGCACUGGAUUUUAUUGACUUCUGGGUGGAUUUUUCUGUCACACAAACAAGAAAGAAAACUUUGUUGAGCAUAAGGAUCGAUAGACACACUCAGCACUCUGUUGAUCGCAAACUUGAAGUAGUUUCAAAAUGGGGAGACAAAAAAAAUGAGGAUUUGAUGCCUUUUCCAAUUAUUAGACACUGCUCAAUGACUGAACAGCAACAACAAGAAAAUCAAUCUGCUGUGGGAGUCAAUGUAUGAACACAAAAGGAGGAAGCUCAGGUCCUGCUCUACAGGCUGUGUAAUGGAGGCACAGCAAACUAUCAGUAUCCACAACCAACUCUUCAUAAAAAGUGAAGCGAUCUAACAAAUGGUUUUCAUAGCACUAGAUAUUUUAACUCUGGAAUCAUCAUAGCACACUAAGUCACUUUUUUAAACCAUAGUUUUAUUAAAAGAAAAUGUACAUAACUGGUUUAUUCCCUCUAUCUCUUCCAAAGCCUUAUCUACAAAUGGUUUACAUGCUUUGCCAUUUACACAGACAGUGCAAGAUAGGCAGGAACCUCAGUUUCCUCCUAAAAUUAUGAAACAUUGUCAACCUUUAGCCUUUUCUGUUCAUCAGAAAUGAUUCAAGAUGACCAAUGCAUCAUGACUGUUUAUCUGAUAUCAGACUAUACCCUCCCACUAUAAUUAUACAUCAUUUCUGGUUACAGUAAUCUUGUAUUUUGAGUGGGGAAGAUCUGAAUGUAGAGGGAAGACUGACCUUUUUGGACUGUUAUGGCUUCACUACAAGAAAGGAGAUCCAAAGGAGAGUUUUCUCACAAAUCCACCAAACCCGCAGUUGUGAGAGUGUCCUCACAAAUCCACCUUGACUUCUUGUUCAAGCAUGUGAAUUCUUGUCUCUUUCCAAGCUUUUGUGCUUCUCCUGCAUGUGGGAAGUUUGUGGAAGGCAGGGCAAUGGCAGCUUUCACUGCAUUGCAUCAUGUAACAGGCAACAUGCAACAAUUCCAAGGCAAUAUACCAUUGCGACACAGAAAUGCAGUAAGAGAGACAAAAAUGUUAUAAUGCUUAUGUGUAUUUUCAGAUCCCAUCGUUGUUCUAAUUAUGUUCAAUGUGGUUUUAUUUAUCAUUAAAAAAACUAUUUCUUCAGGUCAUUGGAAAUAUGGGCCAAAUUAGCCUUUAAACAACAGAAGUGCAUAACAAUCUAUCAAUAAUUUUUAAAAGGUGAGUAUCAGCCACAUAAAUGCUGGUUUGAGCAGAAAAGGGCAGGAGAGAAAAAAGGAACACUUUCAUCCAGUGGAUAUUUUCCUGUUCAAAAGCUGCUCUUGCAACAAGGGGUAAAAUGCAUAGUACUACUUUUUUCAUGGAAGGAAAAAUACUGAGAGGAGGGGGGGGGGUUGUGUUUGGGAGGGAAGAAAUGCCAGGAACUUAUUAAGUAUCUCCUCCCUGAAAUUCUUCAAAUCAAAUUUUCAGCUUUUCACAUUUUCCCUUCUUUUUUGUUUAAUGGAGGAUUGUUACAUAGGUUUGCUGUAUACUAUCUAAUUUGCACCCAUGGAAUAAUAGGCCAAUGUGUACAAAACAAACAAAAACAGAACAACACAUCAAACUGUUUUUGGCAUACUAUGUCUCAAUAGCAGAGCAUCUGCUUUGCAUGUGUGAAACAAAAUUUGAAAUUAUAUGAAUCUUUCUUUCCCCCAAAGAUCUGCUAUGCAUACGAAUGAACCACAGAAAUCACUUUGUGGACUUUACAUAGAUGUCACUGUUGGUUGUGUUAAGUCAUAAGCAUGGUUAAACUCUCAUGUCAAAACACCAAAAUAAAAUUGGUUUUACUAGAGUAAGUAGAACUGUUAAUUCAUGAAUCACCUCAAUUGUAGCAGAAAUAAAGCUUUCUGUGAAGCCUUCUUGAAUGCUGCUAGUGAGUUCUGUUGUUAAGCAAGUUUGGCAAUGAGAAAAACUGAAGUGUGAGGUUUUGCUC